AUGAACUCAACUGAUUUCAGUGAAGAUGUAGAUGAAGUUUUAAAAAAUAACAUUGUGAAGGUGGAAACAGAGGCUGAAGAUGCAGCAUUGGACUGCUCAUUGAAUUCCAGGAUUUCUGAGAAAAACCCUCUGGACAGUGUCUUCAUUGCCCUCCAUGACUCCAGCAAGAGAAGGCAACUGGGCAGUGAUGGUCAUCCAGACGCGGUGCCCAGCGUGAAGAGGAGGCGGCUGAUACCUGAGGCUCUCCUGGCGGGCAUGCAGACCCGGGAGAGCAGCUCGCCCUGCCAGAGCAACGGAGAGCAAGCUGCUAGGAGCAGGAGCAGCGCCCCUGCGUGGCCCGGCGAGGAGGAGCCCUGCAGCGAUGCCACCGCCCCUUCCUACAAGAAGCCCCUGUACAGCAUCUCUCACAAGAUCAUGGAGAAGAAGAACCCCCCCACGGCGGACCUGCUCAGCACCUACGAGCUCUUGGAGAAGGCCAACUCCAGCAGCAGCCCCUCCCCGCUGCGGCUGCCCAGCGAGGCCCCCAAGCGGGACGGUGGCGGCUCCGGGGCGGCCGCGGAUGGCGAGCCCAACAUCUACUUCCUCAUCCAGAAGAUGUUCUACAUGCUCAACACGCUCACGUCCAACAUGUCCCAGCUGCACAGCAAGGUGGACCUGCUCUCCCUGGAGGUGAGCCGCAUCAAGAAGCAGGUGAGCCCCACCGAGCUGGUGGCGAAAUUCCAGCCACCCCCGGAGUACCAGCUCACCGCCGCCGAGCUCAAGCAGAUCGUGGACCAGAGCCUGUCGGGGGGCGACCUGGCCUGCCGCCUGCUGGUGCAGCUCUUCCCGGAGCUCUUCAGCGACGUGGACUUCUCCCGGGGCUGCAGCGCCUGCGGCUUUGCCACCAAGCGGAAGCUGGAGUCGCUGCACCUGCAGCUGAUCCGCAACUACGUGGAAGUGUACUACCCGUCGGUGAAGGACACGGCCGUGUGGCAGGCCGAGUGCCUGCCGCAGCUCAACGACUUCUUCAGCCGCUUCUGGGCCCAGCGGGAGAUGGAGGACAGCAAGCCCAGCGGCCAGGUCCCCAACUUCUUUGAAGUGGAACAGGUGGACGGCGGCCACUUCCUGGACAACAAGGACCAGGAGGAGGCCCUGUCUCUGGACCGCAGCAGCACCAUCGCCUCCGACCACGUGGUGGACACGCAGGACCUCACGGAAUUCCUGGACGAAGUGUCCUCCCCGGGGGAGUUUGCCGUGUUCCUCCUGCACCGGCUCUUCCCGGAGCUCUUUGACCACCGCAAGCUGGGCGAGCAGUACAGCUGCUACGGGGAGGGCGGCAAGCAGGAGCUGGACCCGCAGCGGCUGCAGAUCAUCCGCAACUACACGGAGAUCUACUUCCCCGACAUGCAGGAAGAGGAGGCCUGGCGGCAGCAGUGCGCCCAGCGCCUCAACGACGAGCUGGAGGGGCUGGGGCUGGAGGCGGGCAGCGACGGCGACGCCGCCAGAGACGACUGCUACGACUCCUUCGGCCUGCCCGACAUCUCCGUGGUCAAGGUGGAGGACAGCUUCGAGGGCGAGCGACCCGGACGGCGCUCCAAGAAGAUCUGGCUGGUGCCCAUCGACUUCGACAAGCUGGACAUCCCGCAGCCGGACUUCGAGGUGCCGGGCGCCGACUGCCUGCUGAGCAAGGAGCAGCUGCGCAGCAUCUACGAGAGCAGCCUGUCCAUCGGCAACUUCGCCUCCCGCCUCCUGGUGCACCUGUUCCCCGAGCUCUUCACCCACGAGAACCUGCGCAAGCAGUACAACUGCAGCGGCUCCCUGGGCAAGAAGCAGCUGGACCCCACCCGCAUCAAGCUGAUCCGCCACUACGUGCAGCUGCUCUACCCGCGGGCCAAGAACGACCGCGUGUGGACGCUGGAGUUCGUGGGCAAGCUGGACGAGCGCUGCCGCCGGCGCGACACGGAGCAGCGGCGCUCCUACCAGCAGCAGCGCAAGGUGCACGUGCCGGGCCCCGAGGGCGCCGACCUGGCCGGAUAUCCGGUCAAGCCCGAGAAGUUCCGGGAGGAGUUCGAGGGGCCCCCGCUGCCCCCGGAAAGGAGCAGCAAAGACUUCUGUAAGAUCCCCCUGGAGGAGCUGGUGGUGCCCUCGCCCGACUUCCCCGUGCCUUCCCCCUACCUGCUGUCCGACAAGGAGGUGCGCGAGAUCGUGCAGCAGAGCCUGUCCGUGGGCAACUUCGCCGCCCGCCUCCUGGUCAGGCUCUUCCCCGAACUCUUCACCGCCGAGAACCUGCGGCUGCAGUACAACCAUUCCGGAGCCUGCAACAAGAAGCAGCUGGACCCCACGCGGCUGCGCCUCAUCCGCCACUACGUGGAGGCCGUCUACCCCGUGGAGAAGAUGGAGGAGGUGUGGCAUUACGAAUGUAUCCCCAGCAUCGACGAGCGGUGUCGCCGCCCCAACCGGAAAAAGUGCGACAUCCUCAAGAAGGCCAAGAAAGUCGAGAAGUGACCGGCCCCGGGGAGGGGCUGCCCAGAGACGUGGGGCCCUGGAGGCUGAGCCUGGGCGCCCUGGGGACUGGAGUGUCACUUUGGAGCACACGCAUGGCAUCCACGGGCAGGCACCUUAUGUCAGUGGGGAGUGGCUUCCUCCAUUUGCACACCUAAACACCCACCCAACCACAAGAAAGAAGCCUUGAGUUUGGUCUCUUGUAUUCUUUGUGCUGUGUUCCCUGGGUGGCGCAGGCCGGGUUGGAGGGGGGGAUGUCAAG